AUGCCACCUUCUUCCAAAAGAAAAAGAAAAGCCAGAAAUCAGAAUAGAAAUGGUGAAGAAGGUAAGUUGGAUAUUAGCAAUAGAAAAGAAAGUAAAGAUGAUGGUUGGAAUAAAUAUGAUGAAUUAAAUAUUAGUGAUUUAGAGUGGGGGGAUGAGAAAAAUAGUGGAUGGGACAAUGCUAAAAAUAUUGAAACUGAAUUUAAAGAACUCAACUUAAUAUGGAAAAAUAAUAGCCAAUUAGAAAAAAUAAAAUAA